GGCUUUCUGCUCAAAACCAGUCCCCACUUUCUCACUACACUACAAAUUGCACUAACUGUUCUGUUCUUACUUACUUGCAAGAGAGAAGCGAGAGAGUACUAUGGUUUACUGUGUCUUAAAUUGAGGUUGUUUGCAGGCUGUGAUGGCGGCGUUUGCAGAGGCGUGACUUUAAUGCAUCCAAAUCACACUCCAACUCAAACAAGAAUUCAAUUCAAUUCAAUCGGACAAACCCAAAUCAACCAAUCCUCGUCUUCUACCUUACCCUAUAUUUCGUGUCUGAACAAAGCUGCAAACUAGAGAACAAACUCCCAAAUCAGACUGGCUGGAAAAUGUCUGGGUUUUUUUCACUAGGAGGAGGCAAAGAUCAUCAUCACCACCAACAACAAAAUCAAGAUACAGAAAACAAUAACAACAACAGUGUGUUUGUGUUGAGAAACCAAGAGAUCUACAACAAGGGUUUCGAGCUAUGGCAGCAGUACUACCAGCUCCACCAACGAGUCAAAGACACUACUACCACUGAUGAAGCCUACUACGCUCAUCACAGAUCAUCCUCAUCCUCAUCGGCGCCGGUGAUGCGCCGCUCCGGCGAUGGGGCCAACUGCCAAGACUGCGGCAACCAAGCCAAGAAAGACUGCGUGCAUCUCCGCUGCAGGACCUGCUGCAAGAGCCGCGGCUUCGACUGCCAGACCCACGUCAAGAGCACGUGGGUCCCCUCAGCCAAGCGCCGUGAGCGCCAUAUGGCCCUCACGGCCGGAGCUGAUAUUAAUAAUAAUUCCAAGCGGAUCAGAGAGAGCCACGUCACCGCAGCUCCCGCUGUCCGCUUGCCAACUUCAGGGUUUGAGGUGGGGCAGUUUCCGGCGGAGGUGAGCUCUCCGGCGGUUUUCCGGUGCGUUAGAGUGAGCGCGGUGGACGAGGCCGAGCAGCAUUACGCGUAUCAGACGGCUCUGAGCAUCGGCGGCCAUGUUUUCAAGGGAAUUCUGUACGAUCAAGGCGGCGAGAGCUCCUCCUCCGCCUCUCUAGACCUCAUCGCCAACGCCAGCAACUCACAAAUGACGGUGGUGGAUCCUUCCGUUUAUCCGACCCCACUCAACGCCUUUAUGGCGGGAACGCAGUUCUUCCCGCCACCAAGACCUUGAAUGAGACAUUUUGAGUUCAUAUAUAUAUAUAUAAGAUGGAUUAUUUAUUUUUUGGUUCUAGUCUAGCUAGUUAGAUUGAGGAGAACAUUCAAUAUCCAUUGGUAAUGCCUAUUCUAUUCUCAUUGAAGAAAGCAAUGUCUUUGGAUGGUUUUAUUGUUGGGAUUUCAAUUAUUAUUAUGACUUUGUGAUUGGACUAAUUGAAUUGCUAGUUAUAAUUAUUGUUAUUGUUUUCAUAA